AAACGAAUGGAGCGCAACCGGGUCUGCAUUUUGCCUUGGUUUGGGUUCUUCUGGGGUGGAGAUGGAGGACUGUGUGAUGAAUUCAGGCGAUUUAGACACAUCAUCGACACUAUUAGCAAAACAAAUUCACUUGAAAUAGUUGAUUAUCGGAUGCAGAAAGUUCCUCAUAUCUGGUGUUGUGGAGACCUGAUGUGACCUGCAGUAGGAAACUCCAGCUGCUGAGGUUAAUUCUCUAACUCUCCACCAUGCAUUGGAUCUCCCCCUUCUUCACAAGGGCUUCCUACAGGAACCGGCAUUUGUCAGUACAAUUUUGUGUCCUACGGACCUUUUCCAGUUAUCUCCAAGAUGAGGUGAUCAAAGAAGUGGUAAAUCAGCCAUUGCCACAGCUGGGAGCUGCUACAGAAAAAGAAAAGAUAAUUCUCAAAACUCCCAAGGGCACCAGAGAUUUUAGCCCAAAGCAGAUGGCCAUCCGGGAGAAAAUCUUCAGCACCAUAAUCAGCUGCUUCAAACGUCAUGGAGCUGUAACAAUAGACACCCCUGUGUUUGAACUGAAGGAACUCUUGUUGGACACCUAUGGGGAGGAGUCAAAGCUGGUCUAUGACCUGAAAGAUCAAGGGGGGGAGCUGCUGUCUCUUCGCUAUGACUUGACUGUGCCAUUUGCUCGCUAUUUGGCCAUGAACAAAAUUACUAAUUUUAAGCGUUACCACAUUGCAAAAGUCUACAGGCGUGACAACCCAGUCAUGACAAAAGGCCGCUACAGAGAGUUCUGUCAGUGUGAUUUCGACAUUGCUGGUCAAUAUGACCCCAUGAUUCCUGAUGCAGAGUGUCUAAAGGUCAUGCAUGAGAUCCUAAGUGCCCUACAAUUUGGAGACUUCCAUAUCCGUAUCAAUGACAGGCGCAUUUUGAGUGGGAUCUUCACAGUGUGCGGUGUUCCCAGUAACAAGUUUGAAACAGCUUGCUCUACCCUUGACAAACUGGACAAGGUGACAUGGGAGGAAGUGAAAAAUGAGAUGAUCAGAGAAAAGGGGGUUUCCCCUGAGGCUGCAGAUUGUAUUGGUGAAUAUGUUCAGCUUCAUGGGGGACUGUGUCUGAUCGAGCAGCUGCUCCAAGAUCCAAAGUUGUCUGUGAGUAAACUGGCCAUGGAAGCACUGGAGGAGAUGAAGUUGCUGUUUGAAUACCUUACCCUGUUUGGCAUCAUAGAUCAGGUUUUCCUGGACCUGAGUCUGGCUCGUGGUCUAGAUUACUACUCUGGAGUGAUCUAUGAGGCUGCCUUGGUGCACCAACAGGAUGGCCACCUAAUGGAGUCUUGCCAUGUGGGCAGUGUGGCUGGAGGCGGGCGUUACGAUGGACUUGUAGCAACAUUUGAUACCAAGCAACGAAAGGUGCCCUGUGUAGGAGUCAGCAUUGGGGUUGAAAGGAUCUUCUCCAUCAUAGAGCAGAAUACUGAGAUGUCCAAGGAGAAGAUCCGCACAGUAGAAACACAAGUGCUCGUGGCAGCUGCUCAGAAGAACUUCCUUGCUGGGAGGAUGAAGCUAAUCACUGAACUAUGGGAUGCUGGCAUCAAGGCAGAGAUGCUUUAUAAGGAAAACCCCAAACUCUUGAAUCAGCUGCAGUACUGCGAAGAAACAGGAAUCCCACUUGUUGUCAUCAUAGGUCAACAAGAGUUGAACGAUGGAGUUGUGAAACUUCGGGAUGUCAUUACCAGGAAAGAGAUUAGUGUUCCCAAGGAGAAUCUCAUAGAAGAGAUCAAGAGAAGGUUAGAGAAAUAGAACCUUUUGUUUCUUCCUUCCUUCCUUUUUUUUAAUCUAGCAGUUUUGUGCUGUCCUAAUGGAAUGCUGCUAGCCUGUAAAGCUGCCUGGGCAGUACUUCUGAGAAUCUGGACUUUUGGUCAAUGCACCUUCCUUCUCUUCCAUUGUGACUAAGCACAUGGCUUCAGGGAAUAUUGACCUUUGAAAGGCAGUUGCUGUUUGUCAUCAUAGACUGUGUGUGUCUUCCAUGCAUACAUGACCAUCUGACUUUCAUUUAAAAAAAUCAAUCCCAGAAUCUAUGUCUAACUGGAAAUAUGUGGUAGUUCCAAUGUGGCUUCCUAGAAUCUGCCAAAUCAGCAUUACAAGGUUAUUCAAUCCGAGUCCAGUACAUGAGGGACUGGCCCUAAGAAUUAGUGUGUUGCACAUGCAGUAACAAGAAGAAGCAAAAUCAGUUGUCCAUUAUAUUCUCAAUGAUUCGCUCCAAAGUUAAUCAAAAACUGCCUCUACUGCUCUGGCCAUUUUGUAUGUUGCAUAAUCUUAAAUGUGCUCUGAGUUAACUGUGCGGAUCCCCAAAAACAAGAAGCACAUAACAAAAGAGAUUGUGUUGGAAAACUAAUUCUAGAAGAUUGAAGAACCUAUCCCUCUGAUCGUUGGCUAAAACAACUGAAUUGGAUCUGAAUAAGCAAAUUCAUUUUUAAAAUGGGUAAUGUUAUAAGGGUUUUUUGUUUGUUUGUUUGUUUGUUUGUUUGCCUUCAUUUCCUAUCCUAUUGGGGUGCUGGAAGAAAUAUCUAUGCCUAGGAAGAAAUAUUCCUACUUUCUCUCUCUCUCUCUCUCUCUCUCUCUCCCUCCCUCCCCUUCUGGUUCCCCCUGCCCCCCAAAGAGGCUGCAGAAGCAACAGCAGCAGCUAUGCCAUGUCUUGGGUAUUACCUUCUCUCACUGGAGUCUCACCUCUUAUCCUCACCCACCCCUUCUCUGCUAUGUAUCAUCAGCACUGGAAUGUUCCACUUUGAAUUAAAUGGAACAAAUAGUUAUUCUGCAUUCUUGCAGAAAGGCUUGAAUAGCUGGUAUUAUAGAAAGCUUUACCUAUAUGUAUUUAUUUUUCAAACAAAAUAAACCUUAGCUAGGGGGAAAAAUACUCUCAGUAA